UCAGGUACUAUUUUUUUUUCUUGAAAUACUUAUUGAAAACUUUGUCGCCAAAAAGACUAUAAAGUCCCUAUUACAUUUUGCGCGGGAAGAGAAAGUUAUGUAACUGUUGGCGCUUCGAUUUAAAGCGAAGAUAAAGAGAGAGAGUGGAAACAUUGAAAAAACAACACACAGUCACAGACUCACUUUUCUCACACACUCAACCUCGCCGCUCGCUGCCAUGGAAUCGCCGCCAUACGACACCGGCCUUCCGGUUGCCUCCACCGCUAUCGUAAUGGUGACGCCGCCGGAUACCCAGGAUGACACUCAAGACGGCGCUCAAGACGUUUUCCACACUCCGCGUGAGGACUCCUCGCUCACCUCGUCAGACAACCAGCAACCGACGGUGACCGUCGACUUUGGCGUCGUCCACUGCUCGGUCAGCAAGGUCUUCGAUUCUGGAACCCAGGGGUUCGUUGAUUUAGGUGGGUUUCCAGAUGAGUCAGAGUUCAUGGAUUUGGGAAAAGACUCUGGAUUAGGGUUUCCCGAAGCCGCCGACGAGAUCUCACCUGGAUCCGGAGGAGAUGGUAUGGGCGAGAUUCCUGGAAUUCAGGCUGAUCAAUUUGGGGUUUCUGAUGCAGAUGCAGAAAAUCAGGUUUCUGAUGAUGCUGAUGCAAAAAAUCAGGUUUCUGGUGAUGCUGAUGCUGAAAAUCCCAGCAAUCUAGAUGGUGAGCAAAUGCCUGAGGAUGAGAUUUGCAUAGAGGUUUCAUACGACGAAGAUUUGGGCUCUGGGAAGAAAUCUGAAACCCUAGCAGCUGCUGAUUUGGGAACUAAAGCAUGUGAUGACAUUGACAGGGAUGGAUACUUGACUGAGAGUGAAACCUUAAUUUAUGAGGUCACUGAAGAUUCUGGAAAGCGAGGCGGGAGCGAUAAGGCCACUGAAGAUUCUGGAGAGCGAGGCGGGAGCGAUAAAGAAUUGGUGCAGAAGCGUGCUGCAGAAGAUGAAUUGAAAUCUGGUCCGGAGAAAAGGAAGUUUUCUGGUUAUGAUGUGUUGAAAGUCAUGGCGGAGAACAAUGCUCAUAGAAGUAAAGAUGAGCCUACUCUGUCUCUGUUGGAAACGGCGAGGCUUAUAGGUAUAACAUUUCCUCGGCCGAGGUGGUGGCCGAAGAAUGAUGAUAGGUUUGCUAGUGGGUUGUUUCUUUUUGAGGAAACUUCUUAAGGUUUGAUGCUUUGUUUUGUUCUGAAAGCUCAGACAAGAGGAAAUGAAGCUGUCUCUCAUGGUUAUUUUGUAAUGUAUGAGGAUUCCUAAUUCUCUUAAUAGUUAACAUCGAAUGUUCUAGGUGGCUAGGUGCUAUUGUGGACACUAGUAAGUAGUAACUUGCUGUCAUUUUGUGAAAUUAGAAUAUGUAAAACGAAUAUUGCUGGCUUUGUUUAUGUACAUUGCUUUAGGAUGCUUCAUCUGAAACUGAAGUUAGUGUCGUCUUCUUUUGGUUAAAUAUUUGGUUAGGAAUUUCUCAUAA